AUGUUUAUCUUUAUAAACCUGACAGAGUUUAACCAGUCUAAUCUCUGUGAGCAUUUCUCCUGUCCAGAGAGAUUUGUAUCUCCUGCAGUUUAUAUCUUACUGUAUGUGUGUUCAGCUGCUGUGGUUCUUCUAACAGUUUGUGGAAAUAUGCUUGUCAUCAUCUCUGUUUUUCAUUUCAAGCAGCUUCACACACCUACAAACACACUUGUGCUCUCUUUGGCUGUGUCGGAUUUACUCAUUGGCAUUUUUGUCAUGCUGCCAACAUUUAUCUGGAUGAUUGAGUCAUGCUGGAUUUUUGAUUCAAGUUACUGCUUUUGUUUAAUGAUCAUUUCUAUUUUUCUUGGAAACCAGUCCAUCUAUAAUAUUGCUUUAAUCUCUAUAGAUCGGUAUUUGGCUCUGUCAAACCCAUUUUUUUAUACAAACACAAUAUCUAGAAGGAACAUGUGCAUUGUGGUUUAUGUUAACUGGUUUUUGUGUCUGAUGUAUGCCAUAGCAAUCUUGUAUUUUAAUGGAAGCUUCAUGAGUUCUCUAAUGUGUCCUGGAGAGUGUUUUUACUUUAUGAAUAAGAUUACAUCUAUAAUGGAUCUUGUGCAUUCGUUUAUAUUUCCACUUUCUGUCAUAAUCAUAUUGUAUACUCUGGUGUUUGUGAUUGCUAAGAAACAUGCCACUGCUAUCAGAGAGCUUAAUAAUCACACACGACCUAAAACACAGAAAAUCACCUCACACUCAAUGAAAUCUGAGAGAAAAGCAGCUAAAGUCCUUGGAAUUUUAGUGUUUGUGUUUCUGGUGUGUUUACUUCCAUAUUUUAUUUGCAGUGUAUUAAGUGAUAUUAUUAAAGUACAGCCAGAAUCUCUUCAGAAAGUACUUAUUAUGAUAUAUCUUAAUUCCACCAUUAAUCCAUUUAUUUAUGCUCUGUUUUACCCGUGGUUUAGGAAAUGCAUUAAAUUAAUUAUAUCUCUUCAAAUAUUUCAAGCCGACUCUGCAUUAAUCAAUGUUCUGUCAUAA